AUGGACAACCAAGUAAGACAUGCUCCGUAUGCCAUUCCACCCCAUCGUCAGAGAAGUAUUUUUCAGAAACAAGACCAAAUGCAUGUUAACUUGGAGACAAAGCAAAAGCCUCCAGAGAGAAGAAUGAAGAGAAACAGACAGGAACAAACCUUUGGGAGCUGGUUCAAGAUCAUAAUUCCCUUUGGUAUAAAAUAUGAUGAGAAGUGGCUGCUUAAUUUGAUUCUGAAGCAGUGCAGUGUGCCCUUCAUUCCAGUCAAAUUUCACUAUGAGAAAAUUCAAGCCCAGUUCUUUGUAGAGAAUGUCAGUAUUGCCUGUGCAUUGAAGAAUGUCAACGGCAAGAUUUUCAGUGAGGGUAAUGAAGGACUAUCUAUCUUUGUUGAACCCUGUGACACACCCCAGUCUGUGCAGAAGGUGCUGAAGUCUGAAAAGGUGGGGCAGAUAAAGGUAAUGCAGACUCAGCACAAGCUGUGCACUCAUACCCAGUUAGUCCUCUUCCCCCACUCACCCUCAGACUCAGAGCCACUGAACCUCAUCCCUAA